AUGUUGAUGCUUCGAGCUUCAAUACCCAAACAGCGGCCCAUUGGCCGGCUGCCAGGGCGAGCUCUGUUCGCAGGUAUCGUAAGCUUUCGGAGGUCAAUACACACUCCUCCGGUGCAAACGAAGCACCACUCUCUUAUCAAAGAUAUCAGAAACAUCGGCAUCAUCGCCCAUGUUGACGCUGGCAAGACAACAACGACUGAGCGCAUGUUGUACUACAGCGGCGUGACGCAUCGUGUAGGAGAUGUCGAUGCAGGAAACACAGUGACUGACUUCCUCGACCUGGAGCGGGAGAGGGGUAUCACAAUUCAGUCAGCAGCCAUCACUUUCAACUGGCCACUGCCUGAGGAGUGCCCGCAGGGCACAAAGCCGAAAACGAUCAACCUCAUCGACACUCCAGGCCAUCAGGACUUCAGGUUCGAGGUUGACAGAUGUCUACCGGUUCUUGAUGGCGCCGUAUGUAUCAUUGACUCAGUCAAGGGCGUGGAAGCUCACACGGAGAGAGUAUGGGCUUCGGCGCACGACCACAAGAUCCCUCGCAUCGUCUUCGUCAACAAGCUCGAUCGAGACGGCGCUUCCUUCCGCAAGUCAGUGCUGGAGAUCGGGUCCCGCCUGAAUGGAUGGCCGCUCGUUUGCCAGAUUCCAUGGUGGGACGGCGACCAGUUCGUGGGCGUGGUUGACGUUAUCGACCGCGUUGGUUACCGGUGGAAGUCGGAGAAGCAAAAGACCAAGUACGAGUUCGCAGAUCUGCAAGAGGUGCUCUCAGGCAAUCCCCUGCUUGAGGAGAUCGAGACAGCUCGCGAGAGGCUCGUGGAGGGACUUGCUGAGUGGGACGAGGUCAUCAUGGACUUGUUCGCGGAUGACCCUAGUAAGAUCACCGGGAAGAUGUUGAAAGACAGCAUCCGAAGAGCCAUCCGUAGCGGUGAUGGUGCUGUCAUCCCUGUGCUAGCGGGUGCAAGUUUCCGCCAUAUUGGCGUCGAACCCCUGAUGGACGCCAUCGUCGACUAUCUCCCCAGUCCAGACGAACGCCCAGAGCUCGAAGUCCGUGCAGGCCCAGCCAAACAUAAUCUGGUACAGCUUCUCGGGAAGAACACGGAGAAGAAGUCUGGUAACCACCGUGUCGCGGCUGUGGCCUCGGUCUUCAAAGUCUUCAACCACCCCAAGGAGGGGGUUUUGAGCUUCGUGCGGGUCUACUUUGGCGAACUCCACAGGAAUUCGUCUACCUGGAACACGCACAGCCAGCAAGCUGAGCGGCCGUUCGGCCUAUUGCAGAUCUCUGCGGCGAAGACGGAAGACAUACAGCACCUCGCCACGGGCCAGAUCGGCGCCAUCAAGGGCCUGAAGAAGGCACGUACGGGCGAUACGCUUAUCACGGCCGUAGCUCAGAGACAGCUUCCGGACUCACUCAAGCACAUCCAGAUUAGACCGCCAGAGAUCCCCCCGCCGGUGGCUUUCCUCGCCAUCGAUCCGCACGGCACAACUGCCGCCAAGGAGCUGGAGAUCGCGUUGGAUAAUGCAUCCCGAGAGGACCCCAGCUUGAGGUGGAGCCGCGACGAGAAGACGGAGCAGUUCAUCCUCCAGGGCAUGGGCAAGCUGCAUCUGGACAUUGCCGUCUACAACCUAAAGCAGAACCCCAAGGUUCAGGCCGACUUCGGCCCCAUCGAAGUCGACUACAAGGAGUGUCUCACCUCUACAGUUGGACCGCACCACGUCACUUUCGACAGGGUCGUCGCGAGCAAGUCGGGCAAAGUAUCGUGCAGCGCCGUCCUCGAGCCCCUGGAAGAGCAUCACCGCCAAGCCGCCCUGGAGCCCACCAUCGAGCGCGACGGCAACAUGAUCCACGUCAUCAUCAACCUUCCGGAGGACGGCACGGCCAGCUUCGAUCCGGAAGAAGCGCGCCAGCAGCUUAUCAACGGCGUCGUCUCCGCCGUCGCCCGCGGCCCACGCCGUGGCUCCCCAGUGCAGGGCUGCCACAUCACCAUCACCGUUGACGCGGCAUCCACGGAAAACCCGUCGGGUGGUCACUUCACUGGCGCAGCGUCGCGCGCGGUGCGCGAGGCCCUCCGCGAAGCGCACACCGCUCGCCAGGCCAUCGGCAUCCUCGAACCUGUCAUGCUGGUGCACAUCAGCUGUCCCGAGGCGGCGGCUGGCAUGGUGCAGCAUGACAUCAGCUCCGGGGCCGGCGGACACGUGCUUGAGGUCAACGACAAGUCGGCCGAGUCGAGCUCCCGGAUUGACGUGAGCAUGAUCUACGCGCCGCCGGACCCGUAUGAGACGGUGGCGUCGCUGCGGGGGAAGAAGUCGAUGGCGCGGACGGUGGAGAUUGUGGCCAAGGUGCCGUUCAAGGAGGUGCUUAAUUUCGACGAGCAUCUCAGGGGUAAGACCGGCGGCCGACACUCGAUGACGAUGGCGUUUGACAGCUUUGACCGCGUCGUUGGCUCGAGGGAAAAGGCAUUGUAA